GCCCCCGCGGAGCCGCGACGGGAAUAGCGCCCGGCUCCUUUAAGAGGGGGCGGGGCCGCUGGUGACCUCUGACGGGCCCCGCCCCUUCCUGGUUGCCAUAGCCACCGCGCGCUGGCGUCCCAAAAUGGCGUCGCUGCUGCCGGACAAGCUGUUCGAGGCGCGCGGGCAGGCGCCGGCCCCCAGCAAGGACUUCUACCAGGUGCUCGUCACCCGCAGCCAGGUAAUUUUCAGAUGGUGGAAAAUCUCUCUUAGGAGUGAAUUUCGUGAAUCAAAGCCUGGAGAAAUUAAAGAAGCUCAUGAGGAUUUCUUGGAUGACCCAUCUCUUCAGAUUCAAAUUGCUAUCGUGUUUGGUGCUAAAGUUCUAGAACAUAUCUUUAAUCUAUGCCGAGGCAACUUUGACUUCCUUGAACGGCUUCCUGAUCCAUUGCUCCUAAAUAUAAUUUCCUUUCUGGGUCUUGAAGAUAUUGCCAGGCUUUCUCAAGUCUCACACAGAUUUGAAACGAUAUGCAACUGUGACACACUGUGGGAAAAAAUUGUGCAGAAUUUGUGCGAUACAAUUACCCCUGAAAUGAGAGCACUGGCACAGGAAGUGGGCUGGAAACGAUUCUUCUUCACUAGCAAACUUCAGCUUCAGCUGCAGAUUCGAAGAAGGAGGCAGAAACAAGAUAAUUCAGAAAAAGAACUGAAUAAAUAAAGCUGCAUGUUUUUGAUUGAAAGCAAGCAUGGUAAGAUGUAAAUGUGUUAAAUAUCAAAGAAUAAUGAUUUGCCUUUUUCUUUAUUGGAGAACCUAGCUAACUGUAGGAUUAAAACAGUAGACGCAUACCUUAAUGGAAACACGACAUAAAACAUAUAGCUUUUUAUAGAAUGGACUUUCUGAAAUCAUACUG